CUCAGAUCAUUAGUUUGCACAACUCGUGAUUCUUGUCAUCUGAGCACCAACGCGCUCCAAUUAAAGAUCGGUGCUGACGAGCUCAGCCUCUCUCAGUGGCUGGAGACACAGGGCUCAUUCCCCCACCCAGCACACAUUAGCUGCCUGCUAGUUGCAGCGUGGACCUGUGCAAUCUGGGCUAUCUGGGCUUGGCCAGUGCCUGCGGCCAGGACGCACCAAAGAUCUCUAGGACCUUUGGGACACACCACCUGCAGAGAGUUGGAGGAGAGUUUUUUUCAGUGCGGGUUCAACGAUGGGUGCAGGCAGCAUCUUGGAGCACAAGAGAAGGAGAAGAAAAGUGGUCUUCCCGGCGGCGGGACUCUGCCUACUCCUAUAUGCAACGACCCACCUCGUUCACAAAGUCGCUUCGACCACCAGGCUGGGCAGCGCUCUGCGGACCCGCCGUGCAGCAGUAACCGAAAACGCGACAAACUGUGUGAAGUCUCCUUCGUCUGAGUUCCCCGGGGGACUCUUUACGCUGGAUGAGAGACGAGAAGGAGGAGUGAUCAUCCACUUUCUGGUCAUUCUCUACAUGCUGUUGGCCAUAGACAUGGUCUGUGAAGAAUACUUCCUCCCCUCCCUGGAGGUGAUCAGUGAACGCCUUGGCCUCUCUCAGGAUGUUGCCGGGGCAACGUUUAUGGCAGCAGGAAGCUCUGCACCUGAAUUAGUCACAUCUUUUCUGGGUGUCUUUGUGACCAAGGGAGAUAUUGGAAUUAGUACUAUAGUUGGAUCUGCGGUCUUCAAUUUGCUUGGUAUCUGUGCUGCCUGUGGACUGUUGACCACUAUGGUUUGUCGGUUGACUUGCUGGCCAUUGCUCAGAGAUUGUACAGCCUAUGCCAUCAGUGUUGCAGCAUUAAUUGCCAUUAUCUCUGAUAACAUGAUUUAUUGGUACGAGUCGGCUUCUCUAUUGUUGAUCUACAUAGCGUAUGUCGUGGUUUUAUACUUUGACAGUAACCUGAACGAGUACAUAACAAAGAAGUUUAGCCCGUGCUGUACUUGUCUGACACAAGCAAUGGAAGAAGGCAAUGAACACGAUGCAUUAAUAGAUUGGCAGGGGGGAAACGGACCAUUGAUAUAUCGCCGUUCCCGAUCGGACAGUGGAAUCUUUCAUGAUGACUCCGACUAUUCCCAACAUUCCCUCAGUUUACACGGACUGUCGGAGAUUACUGAAGAUCCAGCAAGCGUGUUUGCAAUGCCUGAAUCGGAUGUGAAGCGAGUUGUGUGGGUACUCUCUCUUCCCAUCACCACACUACUCUUCAUAACCACCCCAGACUGUCGGAGGCCCCAGUGGAGAAAAUGGUUCCUGCUAACCUUCUUCAUGUGUGCUGCGUGGAUAUCUGGAUUCACAUAUGUAUUGGUUUGGAUGGUAACCAUUGUGGGAGAAACUCUGGACAUUCCCGAGACAGUGAUGGGUCUGACAUUGCUGGCAGCAGGCACCAGCAUUCCAGACGCAGUGGCCAGUGUGCUUGUUACCAGAGAAGGUAAAGGAAAUAUGGCUAUGUCGAACAUUGUGGGCUCCAAUGUAUUCGAUCUGCUCUGUUUAGGUGUACCAUGGUUUAUUAAGACAGUAUUUGUUGACUUAUUACCCGUAGAAGUGAACAGCAGCGGCAUGACGUACACAACAGCCUCUCUCCUCCUCUCCAUCAUCUUCAUAUUCGCAGCUAUUCAUAUUAAUGGAUGGAAACUGGAUAAAAAACUUGGAAUAACAUGCCUGAUAGCCUAUUUAGUUUUUCUCGUUAUUUCAGUUCUAAAUGGACUCGGAAUAUUCGGCCACGUUCUUGCAAGGACAUGCACUUAGCCGAGCUACAA